AUGGGCGUCUAUGGACCACAGCUUCCAUAUCGAAUCGAGAUGACCCUAAAAGCUGUCGUAUUGUUCGUUGCGAUCUCUCUAACCCCUACGCUCGCAUACUAUUGCCCGGCCGUUCUUGACAGCCAUGGUGUCGGCCCUUCACUUGAUGGUUUCUGCUCCAAUGAUGGAUCGCUUUUUUGCGGCUACGAGCUGGCGAGCCUUGGUUCCCUAUCUUGCUACUCUACCCAUCAGUGCGUGACAAUUCAGAAUCCGGAACCCAUGCGUAUCCUUGGACCGUCUCUUGGUGUCCAUUGUCUCCCUUCUACUUCUACUACUUGCAUUUUGGUGAAUGGAGAAAGACAAUGCUACGAUCUGACCGAAUAUGAGACCUGCACCGACAAGGAUCCCAAUUGCCUCUUGUACCUGCAUAAUGGCUACUGCCGCUCCAAACUCUACACGACGGCGGAAAAGAAGAACUCGUGCUGCCAGACUUGCGGCUUUGACACGGCUUGUCAGGAUGCGGAUCCAAACUGCCCUCUCUACGAAAACAACAGCAAAUAUUGUAACAGCACCGCAUUCGCCGAAGACCAGAAGAUCAGCAAGUGCAAGAAGACGUGUGGCGUCUGC